AUGGAUACUACAGAAAAAGAAUUGGAACAGCAAUACAACGAGCGCCAUGGCAACCUUAAACGCUCCAUGCACGGUAUUGCCGAUUCAGUUGAGCAGGCAAUCCAUAAUACCUUUGAAGAGAUCGAUAAGGAAACUGAAGGGCUACGUAGCAACCAAGGAGGAAGCGAUGGCAGCCAAAUGACAACUGCAGCACCUUCGUCGACACAAGACACUCGAUGGAGCCACAGUAAUACAUCGACUGCUGAAGCGGAUAGUGGUGGUGGUACUGGAUUUUGGACUUCACGAGCUCGAAAGGAUACUCCUUCAUCCACAAUGUCAAGUGAGAGCAAGACAACUAAACCAUCAUCCAGUAUGAGGGGAUUUGUUGAUACAUCCAAGCGUCAUUUCCCAGAGUAUAUUGAGCAUGAUCUUGAAACCGAAAAUAUGGCGCAUGAUCUUAAUCAGAGUGCCAUGGAUGCAGUUGCACGCGAUAUGGAUGCUAUGGGCCAUACUGAUGCCGAAGGGUUUGAGUCUGUAGCAAGCAAGAUCGAAGAGACCUUUGGAAGCACAGCCUUAUCAGAUGAAGGCCCUGAUCGCUCUCAUUACAAGUUCAAGAAAUAA